CUUGUCCACUUUGUAUCCCCGCAACACUGAAAUCCGCACGUCUCUUCAACAUGCAGUUCUCCGCCAACUGCAAAUAGGUGUCGCUUUUGUCGGAGGCUUUUCAAACCUCAGGGUAGGUAAUUGGCCUUGAGAGCCGCGUGAUUUGAGUGGUUACUAAUAGGUUGGUUGCUGUCGUCAUUGGAGCGAGCCCUUUUCUGAUCCAGAGAGAGGGCGCAGUAGACCCAGUCAGACGGGUCCCCUCACAAACCAACAUGGCGACGGCCGCACGGACUUACUAAAUGGUGGGACGACAAACCCUCAUCUGAACAUCUGAGUGGGUGCACGGAUCUUUUCUAGGAUACUCAAAGCUGUUAGAUUUUCCAUUAAGGUGGUGAGUUAUGAAGACAUCACACAUCUUGUGGACGGACUACGGGAUUUUCCGCACCUCUGCUAGUCUUCCGUGAGUGUCGGAAUGCCGCCAGGACUUACAGGGGGAUUUCGUACGCAACACAGGGUUGGCCAAACGACUUUGUUGUGCUAAAGACGGUGAGAAGCAGGUGGUUUUGUAUGACACAGGAGUAUGGGACCGUAACUGUGCCGGUCACCAUGGUCGGGAACCGGUCGGCGGUAACCCCACAGUCGGGAACUGGGCUGUCCCCAGCCGCCAUCGGCCUACAGGCCACAGCGUACGUUAUACUGUUCAUCAUCGGGGUGAUUCUGAACACAUGUGUGUUAUUGGUGGUCUACAAAAACAGGACUAUGCGAAACGUCACCAACAUGUUCAUCGUGUCGCUGAGCGUGGUGGACUUGGUUACGUUGUUGGCUGUAGUGCCUUUCGUCAUUGCCGCCACCGUGACCGACGACUGGCCCUUCGGCGGAGAGUUUUGCCAAUUUGCCGGCUUUCUCGCCGUGUCGUUACGGAACGUAUCCAUCAUAUCCGUGGCAGGUGUAGCUGUGGACAGAUACUUCGUCAUCGUCAGACCGUUCGCGCCAAAAGUGACAAAGUCAAGGGCGUGGAAACUGAUCGCCUUCAUGUGGUGGACGGGUUUCGUCAGCUGUGUGCCGCCGCUGUUCGGGUUCGGCAUGUACACGUACUCGGCAGGUAAACACUUCUGUGCCCUACACUGGGCCGGCGGAGGGUCUGCCCUGGCCUACAGCAUGUACCUCGUCUCUGUCAUCUUCCUAGGUUCGCUCGUGGUCGUCAUAUUCUCGUAUUACCUCAUCAUCCAGACGACACGAGAACAGAUGAAGAAAUCGACUCUCAAUGGACUGUCUCCGGCAGCGCAGCACGCCAGGAACGGAGCGACGUCUCCCCUGUCCCAGGGGAAGGCUCUCCGCUCCCCCACCCUCAGCUCUGUCGUCCCCGUAGAAAACAGGACUACACAAACCGUUAUACUCGUCAUACUUGCCUUCCUCGUCACAUGGACGCCAUAUUUCCUACUGAAUCUGUACAGAGGACUAGCUCAGGACAAGACCAUAGCGUCUGUAGGUGACUUCAUCACGACGUGGCUAUCCUUCUCUUGUUGCGUGUUCAACCCCAUUUUAUACGGAGCUCUGAACUACAGAUUUAGGAAAAGUUUCCAGGAGUUGUGCUCCAACUGGACCUUCUCCCUGUCUCGGGUUACGGAGUUUCUGGAGAGAAUGAAGGGCGGACAGGGAUCAGGCCGGCGGGACGGGUCGCGGUACGUCCCCGAGCAGCCUGAGGCAGGCACCCUCAGUAGGAGUUACGAGAACACGCCGGUGGCAAGACGGUCUCAGAAGACUUUAACAACUGGGGGUUCUAACGGCCAGGCAGGUGUACGCCAGGACCGCGGCAGACGCACCCCGGGUGUCAGGACUUUAGAGCGGCGACCGAGCCUGCCCACCACCCGGACGGAGUCAUCUCUGGCCCGCGGGAUGUACGCACAGAACGGUGUGCAUAGGCCCGGGUCACGUAAUCUGCCACCGCGUGCGGGGUCGGCUAUGGGGAGGAGUGUCACGCCCACGGGGACUCCAAGGAUCCAACCAUCUUUAGUUCGCAGUAGGACUCCGACAAACGCCCACAGACUCAUGUACUCCUUACCGAGGAGUACCACGCCGACCGCAGAGAUGGCAGUGGCCGGUACCGGGCGAGCUACCCCCGCCACUACCCCCAGGUUGCCCCCCAGGCCACCCUCAAGAACUGACCACCACCCCCGGGCUCCGUCCAGAAAUGACCAUCUACCUCGCCCCUCCUCAAGGAACGACCAUCCUCAGCGUCAUCCCGCAAGGAGCGAUCCUCGGCCCUCGUCAAGAAAUGAAUCACCUUCAACAAACGACAAUCCUCCUCCUCCAUUGUCGCGAACUGUGGCAGAUGUACAUCUGGAAGCUGUCUUCUAAUCCCCACCUAUUGAUUUGGACCUACAUUGCAGUGAUUUUGAUUUGCCUUUGUUGCGAACUGAAAGCUUAUUUGAGCUUCCACAAACGCUCCUCAGUGAUGCAUUUGUUGAAAUGCAGAAGUGAUAGGUAUCAUAGUGCAUGUGUAAUGAUACGGACUGUCCACCGUAAUCAUGUCAGGGAAAUCUGUAAUAUCUGAUAAAGGUUGGCUGAUUGUAGACCUUUGAAUGCAAAUGUGAACCUAUAGACAUAGAAUGUAGGUUAUUACGCUAUUUCAUUGUAUCCACCAUGAAGUGAUGGUGGCAGAACUAUUUUGUCUCAAGCAUUGUGUUAAAAAAACAAAGAUUACAAAGACAUUGGCAUUAUCUCAACUUUGAGUUCAUUUGCUACGUUGGGGUAGCAGCUAAGACUUGUGUGUCUAUGUCUUGCGUAUGCUCACGUUGUGCUAGCCGUAUCUUGCCUUUUAAACCCCACUAUUUGUUACAUUUAGGUAGGAAACAGAUGGAUAUUGUCCCAAGAAUAUAGCUUUUGUAUUGUUUACAUCAUGUAUGUACGUUUAGCUUACAGAUUGAAGAAGCCAUCUAGUUUUGUUUGUACAGUAACUUAUUUUUUCUUACAAAGUUUUUAUAACCUUAUCUUACUCAUAAUUAGCAAAAGUAUAUAUCUUUAUCACAAAUAAAAAACAAGCCAUUUGUCGUU